GGCUGGGCCAGAGCAAAGGAAAGGACGCUGCAGGUUGGGGAGCAUGUCUAGCUUCUCAAAGGCGCCCCAGGUGAGCUUGCAUGCUUCGGGCAGGACAGUGUGCUCUGUACGCUGGCGAAAAUGAAGAGCAGUGGUUCACAAGGAUUUGAUACAGAGGCUGAGCAUUCAAGGAAGCUGACUCCUGUAGCCAAGAGCUGCUUUAGGAAGUCACAUACCAGAGAGUUCAAUGGGCCACUUUUGCUCGAAUGUGGUAUCUCUUGGAUGGCAAAAUGCAGCCCCCUGGCAAACUUGCGGCCAUAGCAUCCAAUAAACUUCAGGGAUUACAUAAACCAGUGUACCAUCAGCUGAGUGAUUGUGGAGACCAUGUUGUCAUAAUAAACACAAGACAUAUUGCAUUUUCUGGAAACAAAUGGGAACAAAAAGUGUACUCCUCACAUACUGGCUACCCGGGUGGCUUCAGACAGGUAACAGCUGCGCAGCUCCACCUGAAAGACCCAGUGGCGAUUGUGAAGUUAGCUAUUUAUGGCAUGCUGCCCAAAAACCUGCACAGAAGGACGAUGAUGCAAAGGCUGCAUCUUUUUCCUGAUGAGGAUAUUCCAGAAGAUAUUCUUAAGAAUUUAGUGGAAGAGCUUCCUCAGCCACGGAGAGUGCCUAAGCGGCUGGACGAGUACACCCAAGAAGAAACAGAUGCUUUCCCGAGAGUGUGGGCCCCACCUGAUGAUUUUCGGAUAUAGGAGAAUGGAAGUGGUGGAAAAUUACAGCAAGAGAAUGAAUGCUUAUGAAGUAUUCCUGUGACCGAGGGCAGAGAGAGAACACGUGAGCUCACUGUGGAGAACACUCAAGAAAGCCAGGCCUCAGUGGGAAAGUGCAGUAGAACAAUCCAUUUUACAGAAGUGUCUUGUGUAGCCUGGCACUGGUUUAAAUGCUAUAAAUGUUAAUAAAAUGCUUAUUUGGUUAU